AUGUAUCGUUUUAUUCAAAAAAACUACCGGAAUGUCAUGACACGGGCAUUUUCAGAAUUCCCAGAGUCAGUACUAAAAGACGAAAAAAUUUCUCAGAAGGUGAGAAGACAGGUUUUACCCCGUUGUCAUCGCAAACUAUAUACACUAACCGUUCGUGAAGAAAAUGAGGAAAAUAUUCGUGAUUUUCUUCCCCCCAAACCUAUUGUUCCAACCGGGUGGAAACUUGAACAUCAAUUAAAUAGCAAUAGAUUCGAUCUUCGAAAAACGGUUAAUAUUCGGGAUUUUGGGAGAGAGGAAUUACAUGUUAUAGCCUUAAUGGAGGUAAAACAGUAUGAAGGAACGUAUCGCAUGGAUAAUGGAGAACGUGAAGAAGAAGAGUACCUUUUUUUUUCUUUGUUUGUUCAAAAAGAGCGAUUUCCAGGAGGGUUGGAGUUUGGGCUGACAUCCAUAGAUAUGGAGUUGGUAAUGGAUUCAUUAGCUAUUCACAGCAACCAAGAAGAUUUAGAUGUUGCACGUGAUUCCCUUUUAUCGACGAGUAACUUGAUCGAUUCACCUAAAAAACACGGACAAAAGAGAAACUUGGAUUGUCGACGAAGAAGGGACAGACGAUAUCGUGGGCCUAUGCUAAAUGAAUUAGAUGAUGACUUUUCUGAUGAAAUUCUUGAUUACCUUGAUGAAAGAGGUGUAAAUAACGGAUUUGCGGAGUACAUAAUGGCACAAGCACAUUUUUUUGAGCAAGAGGAAUACCUUAAUUGGUUGCGUCUCCUGAGACAAUUUGCUCAGUAG